AUGCUACACGAAGGACACUGGGGCAUUGUCCGAAUGAAACAAUUAGCUAGAAGAUACUGCUGGUGGCCAAAAGUGGACCAGGCUAUAGAGGAACGAGCUUCCAACUGUAAAGUGUGUCAAUCAUCUGCAGCAGACCCUCCGAAAGAAUACAGCUCCUGGCCAACACCCGAACGUCCAUGGCAAAGAGUCCAUAUUGAUUAUGCUGGGCCCUUCGUUAAUCAAAUGUGGCUAAUCUGUAUUGAUGCAUACUCGAAGUUUCCAUUUGUUGUACCUAUGAAGAAUUCUACCACCACCACCGCAACCAUUCAAGCCUUAACAAAAAUAUUCACCCUAGAAGGACUACCGGAAACUCUGGUGUCAGAUAACGGGCCCCAAUUCGCAUCAUCAGCCUUUACUAAUUUUUGCAAACAGAACGGAAUCCAGCACUUGCGGACCGCACCAUUUCACCCUGACUCAAACGGUGAAGCCGAACGAUUUGUCCGCACGUUCAAAACCCAUUUCAAGAAAAUCUUCAAUGAGAACCCCAAGAAAGACUUAGCCUUAUCCCGAUGCCUAUCAACUUACCGCACCACCCCAAAUCCAAAAUCGGGAAAAUCACCUGCUGAAUUGUUGCACGGAAGACAACAUCGUAGUAUUAUAUCGCAACUAAUUCCAGAACGUCAUUCGAAUACUACAUCGUCACAACUCUAUAUUUAUUAUCUGUGCUUAUAUUCUAGAAAAUAG